AUGCCAUCUCGAAUAAUCGCCGACUCCACAAAGACGUUGCAAAACUCCACGCAUUCACUGUCAUCACCCAUAAGCACUUCCCUCCCCCCCUUCACAACCACUAUACUUUUCGCAUAUAAUACCACAUUUUCGUCUCCGUGCGGUUUUUCGGCCCGGAAACCAACAUGCGACCGCCCACUCCAAGCCGCCUUGAUGACUCUUCCACCCCGCGGAAAUAUUGCACGACGGGAAUUGAUUGAAAAUCUUCUGUACGUAGAGCUAAGGGAAAUGGCCAGUCCAUCGUGUCACAAAAAGCCAACCAAUUCCGCGACAAGUUCCCAUUCAUUGGAUUUCAUGCAUUUUGGACAAGUUUACUCCAAUGCCAGUAUUGCUACCCAGCACCUCAUAACUAAACCUCGGCCACGACUUCGCCAUCAAGAGCCAAAUCUUCGGGUGGAACGUCCACUCUGCAUGGGCUGUCCAGGACUGCAAGCUUGUUAUAUCAACACAAUAACGAGACUGUCUCUCGACUCAACUGGCGCUGAUCUAGAAACAAUCUCUGUUGGUCACGAAUGCGAAUAUGUAUCGCUUAAUCAAUCACCCUGCUCCACUACCCCGUGUUUAUCGACGCCUCCGACGGCGCAGAAAAGGGGGGCGUUGGAUGGUAGAGGUGGGGGUUGUAUUGAGAAGGGGGAAAGAAGAGGAGGUUGGGGGAGUCUGAUUGGGGGUACAGGUAAGGGUCUAGAGGACCUGAGGGUAGAGAUUGAGUACAGUGCUUUGGAUACUGAGGGGUUGGUUGGGGAUUGA